AUCUUUAUAUACCCAAUUAAUCUUUGAAAUUUUCUGCCCAAAAAUAUUAUUGAAUUUUGUUGCAUGGGGCACCAGAAAAUCAUUGGAUCCCACAAAAAGAUUGUCCAAUAUUUUCAUUUUAUUUGUUUCAACUAAUUAAAUCUCUUGGUGUUCAUGGAGAUCUGUCUGAAUAUCUUUGGAAGAAGAAGAAGAUCAAGAAGAAGAAAUGGGUUUAAAGAGUGGAGAUUUCACAUUGUUCUUACUACUAUCCUUUUCUUCUUCCUAUGUUUUUGUGCCACUUUUAUUUCCUGUCAAAAUCCACAAAUUCUUCCAGAGAGCAUGAGUUUAAUGACUAUUGGAGCUGAUGUUAUUUCUUACAAGGGCUUAGAAAGCUACAAGAUUGGAGGGGCAAGACGGCUACUCAGUGGCCCGGGAUCAUCUCCGCCGCGAUGCAGCUCAAAGUGCAGCGGCUGCACUCCCUGCAAGCCGGUUCAUGUGCCAGUGCCACCGGGAACGCCGGUGACAACAGAGUACUACCCGGAAGCGUGGAGGUGCAAGUGUCGGAACAAAUUCUACAUACCCUAGCUAAUGACUCAACCUCAUUCCACACUUCAUUUUUUAUGCAUCUCCUUUAUGAGUGACAACCUUGACAAAUUAUUAUAAGAAA